AUGUGUCCUAGCAGCGAACAAGAAGAGGAGAUCAAGAGAAAUGAGAAUGGUAAUGGUCAGAGCUACGCCAGCGAGAGUGCGCAUGUAUCUAUGGUUACGGGCCGCAUGAGCUCCAUCCUCAUAGCGGCCUAA